ACCUGCCAGUGACGGAUUGCUUCUCAUUUUCUCCAGUUCUUCAAGAUGUGGAGCAAGAUGAGGCUGCUGUGCACAGCUUUGGUUUUAGGAAUUAUUGGUGGAGUCACAGCAUCUGCCGGUGAUAAAUUACGCUGGUGCACCAUCAGUGAGCAAGAACAAAUUAAGUGCAACAACUGGACGUCAGUCAGCUGUGUCCAGGCUGACUCCAUGAGUGACUGCAUUCAGAAAGUUGCGCUGGCUGAAGCUGAUGCUGUUGUUCUUCACAGCUCAUUAAUGAUUAUCGCAGAAAAGUGCGGUCUAGUCCCAGUUAUGACAGAAUACUACAACAAAGAGAAUCUGGAACCAUGUAGGAGCUCAGCACCGUACACAGAUCCAUUUGUGUAUAUAGUGGCUGUUGUGAAGGAUCAGACUUUGACCUGGGACACUCUGAAAGGCAAGAAGGCAUGCAUUACAGCUCUUAAACGAACCGGUUGGAAUAUUCCAAUGGGGCUGCUGAUUGCCCAGGACAAAAUCCAGAACUGCAGCCUUUAUAAUGAAACUUAUUUCGGUGAAAGCUGUGUGCCUGGGGCAGAUCCUGACAGCAACCUGUGCUCCCUUUGUGCUGGCCAAGAGCACGCCUCAUCGUCCGGAAUGGACAAGUGUGCCUUUAACUACAAUGAGCAAUACUUUGGCUACAGUGGAGCUGUCAGAUGCCUGGUGGAGAAAGGUGAUGUUACAUUCAUCAAGCACACAACUAUCUUUGAGAACACUGAUGGUAAUUCACAAGAGGAGUGGGCUACAGGUCUCAACUCCAGUGACUUUAAGCUGCUGUGCCUUAAUGGCAAUCAGGCUCCAGUAACAGAUUAUAAGACGUGUCACUUGGCACAAGUACCAGCUCAGACAGUUGCAUCUCGUGCAGAGACAAGGGAUCAAGUGCUGCAGUUUUUAAAAGACCAACAACUCAAACAUGGCCGCGGUGGAUCUGAGGAGGACCAGUUUGCAAUGUUCAGUUCGAGCAAGUUUCAUGGCAAGGGUCUCUUGUUUUGGGAGGGUACUCAGUGUCUGAUUGAAGUGCCCACCACAAGUUUCACGCAACAUCUGCGUGAAUGGUACGUCACAGCGAUGGAAGCGCUCUACACCUGUGAACCUCCUGAAUCCCCAGAAAUCUAUCGCCUUGGCCGUUGCCAGACCUCACAUUGAGUCAACUCCGAUUUCCCCAGUGACCGCCCAGAGAUUUGCUGUCUCUUUGUUCUUCCUUCUCCUGAAGAAGGGUUACACCAGAAACACUGACUUCUCCCCCUCCUGAUGCUGCCUGGCCUGCUGUGUUCUUCCAGCCUCCUGCUUGACUACGUUGCUUCUCUCCAGGCUGAUACCAGCCUCAGUGCAACAAUCCCUUAUCUAUGUCUGCCUGGGUGCUUGGAUGUGCUGUACUUCUGAUCAAUAAACCUGAAAUUGAA